AUGUUGCUUCGAGGUGCUUUUCUCCUUGCCAUUCUUGGAGCUGCUUUUUGCUCGCAAUUUCCUCAGGAUCCCUACGCAACCCUCGGGUUAAGAAAAGGGGCUUCGGUCAGAGAUAUAAAGAAAGCGUAUAAAUCUUUGGCUAGGGAAUGGCAUCCCGACAAAAACAACAAUCCAGAAGCCGGAGAGAAAUUCAUGUCCAUCAACAAAGCUUACGAGGUGUUGUCGGAUCCGAUUCGCAAAGAGAGAUAUGAUAAGUAUGGGGCUCUCGAUGACUCGCCACAGGGACAUGAUUAUCAUCAUUACGGAGGAUUCGAUAGCUUUUUUGGAGGAGGAUUUGGCGGCUUCGAGCAACAAGAUUCGUUCUUCAACAAGCAUAGAAUCAGCAUGCGGCUCUACUCCCAUACAAUUUUGGAAAAAAGUCACCAACAACCUUUCAUACUCUUUGCUUACUCCGGGUAUUGUCAACUGUGUUAUCGAGUUGAGCCGAUUUGGCAAGCUGUCGUCGAAGAUUUGGAGCCACUUGGAUAUGGAGUUGGUACUAUCAAUGCAAUGACGGAUGGAAAUCUUCUUGAAAAGCUUAGAGUCACUCACUUGCCUUCGAUUAUGGUUCUUGUCGAAGGGCGAGUGAUUCAUUACAGAGGCAGUUUAACGCAUUUGAAUGCCAAAUCUGUGCGAGUUUGGGCAAGAGAUGUUUUGCCUCAUCAUUUUCUUCCAUCAUUGAAUACCCAUGAUAAAUUGAAACGAUUUGUAGAUCAAUGGAAAACAACAAACAAAGUCUCGGUAUUGAUUCUCGGUGCAACGCCUGAACCUCGAUUGCGUUAUCUUUUAACCGCAAUGAAGUAUUCACCAACAGCCCGAUUCUACUAUGUGCACCUAGGGGAUUCAAAUCCGGAAGUUCAUGAAAUGCGUGAAGCCCUGUCCAUUAAAUGCACUCAAUGCGAAAAUGUUCUCGUCUUCAAUGAUGUGCCGGAGCGAGGACCUAUUGCAAGACUUUCGAUCAGCCACGUUAAUCAGCUGAUGCCCGAGUCGUUAAGCACACUCCUCGAUCAGAACAAAUUCUUGACGCUCCCAAGGCUUUCAUCUAAUGUUUAUCUCGAUGAAUUGUGCCCCGUAUCUUCCCGAAAUCCACGCCGUCUUUGUGUCAUUUUGGUCGCCAUGGAAGGCUCGGAUGAUCGAUACAUCGAUUCUUAUCGACAGUUUAUCAUGGAACGCAAAACUCGAUUAAAUGCUGAUAAAAUAACAUUGUCAUACAUCUAUGCAAACCGGCAGACCGAAUGGCUCAAGCCUUUCUUGGAAAGGAGAACGGGCAAUGCAGAGAAUCAUGCUCGGGAUAUACUCGUUCUGUGGCGCUAUGAACACGUCAAAGCUCGUUUUGUUUGGCUGAAAGGGGCAUGGAAAGAAUCGGGCUCAGAUACCGCACUUGACUCAGUUUUCUCAGAGUUAUUGCGCAAUUCAUUGAAGCUCGAUGAAAUGGCGGCUGUCGGGAACUUGAAAGAUGAGUACUCACCGUCGUGGUGGACAAAAAUGUCGAGGGCGAUAAUUCGAAUGUUGGAAACACUUUGGUUCCAUGCGACUAAGGAGGAGACUCUACCUGUGUUGUCAGUUUUUGGAACGUUGCUUUGCAUUUUCCUGGCAUACUAUGCACUUAAUUACAUGACUAGAGUUGAACCAAAAGAAAAGAGGCGGUUUUCUCCGGCAAAUUCUAAUGAAUGGCAUCCGGAUGAUCCGAAUACCACCGAUAAACAAGCUCUUCACACAGAUGGCAAAAAAGAUCCAUCUCAAAAAACUAAAAAAGCCCUCUCUGUGAUGGAACCGUUGAUGCACGAAUUGAGAGCUGAAUCUUAUUUUGGUAUGGUUCGUCUUCUCAAACCUGGAUGUCGUUCGGUCAUCUUGUUGGUUGAUGAAGAAAAUAGGCAGCCGCUACUCGAGCAAUUUGCGCGCAAUAUUUAUCCACUCAGAAACAACAAAACAUUCUCAUUUGGCUAUCUGAUGGUGGAGAAGAAUCUGCCAUGGUUUCGAAAACUGCUUGAACACACAUUGCCUCUUGGAGAAGAAGAAAAGGCUGAGACCAACAUGGCAAGUUCAUCGGGCAAAACGGCUUCAAUGUAUGAGCGACUGAAGGCAAUUAAUCCGCGGCAAACAAUUGGAACCGUUCUUGUUCUCUGCGGGUGGAAGCUCUACUUUUCGAUCUAUCAUCCGAUGCACACUACUCCGAAUAAGAAACACUUUCUUGGCUUUGAGGAUGAUGGAGAAGAAGCUAGCGAUUAUAUGACAUCUGAAAAUGAUGAUGACGAUGACACAUCAACUUCGGUGCGUAGAUCAUUUAAAGGGGUCAGUGUGCAAAAUGUGCUUAAUGGAUUCGGAAACUGGUUGGAUCGGCUAUUAGAAGGAAGCAUCCGUCGAUACUAUAUACCGGAAUGGCCCGAUAAUCUGAAAAGUGAUGUGGAUAUGAGCGAAAAGCCGAAAAGUGUCAAGAAAACUCUAAACGCCGGGCGUGGACAGGUUCCUCAAUAUGUCGAUGGAACAAAGGCUAUUUUUAAUUUCGAAGUACUGCGCCCAUCAGAUGUGAGUAAUGGAAUGCCAGAGAGUAGAGAUGCAUACGAGUCCAUAGAAGAUACCCGCAAAGGUUACCCACAUGGAUAUGGUCGACCCAUGGAGCUCAUUUUUGGAAAAAAGUUCCAGCUCGCAAUUUUUGAGACUCUCUUGAGAAGUAUGCUCGUUGACGAGAUUAGUCAAUUCGAUGUAGAGACUAGUGAAUUGCACGCGUAUCCUUUGGUAUCAAAGAAGUUACGAGAUUUGGCACACUCAAGGGAGCACAAAGACGAUGAUUGUAAACAUCACAGCAACCACAUGUGUGCCGCUUCUAUGGUGGAUGGAACUGGAUAUGCUGUACUAGAUGAAUUGAUGAAAAAGCCAACGCCUUUACGUUUUAUUUUUCAUUUGCUACAGGUUCAAAAUCCCCAAGAAUAUGAAGCCGAAGGGUGGCAGCUAUCUGCUGAGGACAAACUAAAGAGUGUUGACACUCUAAAACAACAAGGAAACCAGUUGGUUAUGGAGAAAAACUAUCUACCAGCCAUUGAGAAGUAUCGAGAGGCACUAACACGGCUUGACACGUUGAUACUUCGAGAAAAGCCAGGUGAUCCUGAAUGGGAAGCUUUAGAUCAAAAGAAUAUCGCUCUUUAUCUCAAUCUCAGUCAAUGCUAUUUGAGCACGGGAAAUUAUUAUGAAGCAAUCGGAACGAGUGACGAAGCAUUAUCUCGCGAUGGAACUAAUGAGAAAGCGUUGUAUCGUCGUGCUCGUGCCUACAUUGAGACAUGGGAUUUCGAUAAAGCGAGAAAUGAUUUGAAUGCACUAGUCAAAGCUCACCCCACCUCAACAAAUCUUGUCGAAGCUUCUCUAGCCGAAAUUCAAAAGAAAGAAGCCGAAGGCAAUUCUACUACAAAAAACAUCUAUCGAAGUAUGUUCAAAGGUGACUCUGGACCACUAGUCGAAAGAAUACGAUUUGCCGUCACGUGCUCAUCGAACAUGAACAGGAGUAUGGAAGCUCAUUUCUUUCUCGAAAAACGCGGCAUCAAUAUUCGAUCAUUUGGCACCGGUAAUCAGGUAAAGCUACCUGGACGAGAAGCAAACACCCCGAAUUGUUACGAGUUUGGAACGUCUUACGAACACAUUUAUCAAGACUUAAUUCAAAAGGAUAAAGACUACUAUACCGAGAAUGGUCUUCUAAACAUGAUAGAUCGAAAUCGGCGCAUCAAAGAAGCCCCUCAAAAACUCCAGGAGACAAAAGAAGAGUUUGAUGUUAUCAUAGCGCUAGAAGAACGAGUUUACGAUCAGGUACUCGAUAUGUUUCUUUCGAGGGAGCAAACAAAGAUCAUACCUGUUCACAUAAUCAAUGUUGAUAUCGAAGAUAAUCAUGAAGAAGCAACUGUGGGAGCCUGGCUUGUUCGAGAAUUAUGCGAAAGGCUCGAGAAAUCUGAGGAUCUUGAUAAUGAUAUCGAUGAUGUUUUGGCGGAAUUUGAAGGGAAGAACCCAAAAAGGAAUAUUUUACACACAGUUCAAUUCUAU